AUGGACGGUCACAAGAAGAUGGAAGCGGAUAUGAAUAAACAAGAAAAAUAUGCUGCUGAUCUGGACCACGCAUUGGAAGUGGCAGGUAUAGGUUGGUACAAUCUGAAGUACAGCUUAGUGCUAUCGCUGCUGCCUAUUGCCUUCGUCUUGGAUCAAAUCGGAUACUCUAUAGUGUUGCCAGCUGCUGCCUGUGACUUGCAUAUGUCUGACAAAAUGAGAGGAAUUGUGGCUUCAAUGCCGUACGUUGGUAUUAUGUUAACUUCGUAUCCUUGGGGCUACCUGGUUGAUACCAAAGGCCGCAAGAAGAUGGUCCUGUACAGCUGUUUUACAGCUGGAAUUUUCAGUGCCCUGUGUGGGUUGAUGCCGGGACUUAAGAGCUUUGCAGUUUCGAAAUUUAUUUCAUCUCUUUGUUUGGCGUGCCCCAUAGCAGUUCCAUACACAUAUAUCAGCGAGAUAUUACCGCCCCAGUACAAAGAUAUAAUGAUAUCAUUAAUGAACUCUCUACAGUUAACCGGAACAGUGCUCGUGCCUCUUUUAGCAUGGGCUAUAUUACCAAUGAAAUUCUCCAUCGACCUCGGUGCCUUUUACUUUCGGCCAUGGCGUCUCCUGUCAUUGAUAUACGCCUCGUCCUCCCUAAUAGCGGCCAUCUUGCUGACCUUCGGUCCUGAGAGCCCGAAGUAUUUGGUCACACAAGACAGGUAUGACGAAGCACUCAAAGUGUUGCAGAAUAUUUACGCUGGCAAUAAAGGAAGAAAACCUGAGGAAUAUCCUAUAAAUAAACUAAUAGUUCCAGCUGACAACAGAACAAAAGGGAACUUUUUAACCUCGUUAAAAGAACAAACUACACCUUUUACGAAGUGGUCAUAUUCAAAAUGGAUAAUUCUUAAUGGAUUUCUAUUAUUCGGCACCUAUUCCGUAUUAAAUGGUCUCUACAUUUGGUCUCCGGAUGUUUUAAACAGAGUAAUGACUGGUGGUGGUAAAAGCCGAACUGCUUGUGAAGUUAUCACUAACAGAGUAAAUCAGACAUUGAAAGGAGAAACAAUAUGCAAAGAUAACUUAGACGAAGUACCAUUGAUCGUCAGCUCAAUCGCGCAGGCGAUUUUCGCAGUGAUUGUCAUAAUAGUCAGUUCUACUGUCAAGCUUAUUGGAAAAAGAAAUUUGCUCUUCAUAUGUUACUUUCUUAUAGGAGCAUUUUGUGUUCUUAUCAACUUUAUAAGAAACGAUAUGGUAUUUGCUACCAUCUUGUCAUCUUUGCCUGUCCUGGUUCUGACAAUUGGGUCCGUUAAAGGGUAUAUCGUUGAACUUAUACCUACACAUUUGAGAGGUAUGGCGCUAACUCUAGCCAUGAUGCUCGGCACAAUCGGUUCGGUAGCUGGCAACAAUAUCGCGGGCCUCUUAAUCAAUCAUUCCUGCGAGAUAAUGUUUUACUUAUUUGGAGGAUUACUUAUUCUAUGCGGCGGACUCUCAGUUUUAUUGCCAGCCUCGGAUUGUUCUUCCAAGAUAUGUCAAGAUGAAGUUAAAGAAAUGUACAUUUCUAAAAUGUAG